AUGCCGGGAAUACUUCCCAUGAAGGUCAUCAAGGUGGGCAGCAGCUCACAGAGCCGCAUCGCCCAGGCCUGCGACCGCUGCAGGAGCAAAAAGAUACGAUGCGACGGGAUUCGGCCGACCUGUACCCAGUGUGCCAAUGUCGGCUUCGAGUGCCGCACCAGCGACAAGCUCAGCCGCCGCGCCUUUCCGAGGGGGUACACAGAGAGCCUGGAAGAGAGAGUCAGGGUGUUGGAGGCUGAGGUGCGGGACCUCAAAGAUCUGCUGGACGAGAAGGAUGAGAAGAUCGAUAUGCUGUCCAAGAUGCACGGGAACCACAACCACCGCCGGUUAUCCGAGGGGCCCAGCGCCUCGGCCAUGUCGCCCAUGAGCAGCUCGCCGAUGAUGAUGGACAGCGGACCUGGGAGAGAGGCUACGCCGCCGAGAGAAGACACAUUCCGCAUUCAGGCAUCACCGCUCCUGUUGGGGGUGGAGAACUCAGACUCGUACUAUAUGGGUCCGUCCAGUGGGCGAGGCUUCAUAGAGGCUCUCAAGCGCAGGCUCCAAGAGGCCGGCAAGCCCUGCUCAGACUUCAACACCGAGUCUUUUCUGCACAUCCAGGGCUGCUGUCCGCUCGUGGCGCAGCACGCCAGCACCGUCAUGCUGAGUCCCCCGCGCCUGUUCUCGGACCGAUGCGUCAACAUCUAUUUCCAAGAAUGGGCGCCCCUCUUUCCCAUCCUGCACAAGCCGACGUUCCUCCGCAUCUACGAGGACUGGGUGGCCGACCCCGAGAAGGUCAAGAGCCAUCACAAGCUUGCGCAGCUGUACCUGGUAUUUGCCGUGGCUGCUCUGUCGAGCGAGAAUCCCGAUCUCGAGCAGGUGGCUGCUUGUGAACAGCAGUGGCAGCGGUCGCUCCAGGCCAUCCUGAUGGACGACACGAUGGAGACCCUCCAGUGCCUGGUCCUGGCCUUGACGUACUGCCAGAUCCGAGCCGACUACAAACGCCUCCAGCACUAUAAAUGCCUCGCUGUCGGCCUGUCGCAUAGGCUCGGGCUCCAUCAGUCCCAAAAGCGCUUCUCCUUCGGCGCUCUCACCAUCGAGACCAGGAAGAAGGUCUUCUGGGCCCUGUACACGCUGGACUGCUUCUCCGCCGCCACCCUCGGCCUGCCCAAGCUGAUCAAGGAAGAUGACAUAUACGCCGAAUACCCCAACGAUAUAGACGACGAGUACGUCACCGAAAAGGGAUUCCUGCCGACGCUGCCUGGCGAGAGCACACGCCUGUCAGGCGCUCUGGCUCUGUUCCGGGCGUCCCGCAUCCUCGCCAGGGUCCUGGAGAAGAACUACCCUGCCGCGACCAGCCAUGAGCUCUCUCUGCAGCAGCUGUCCAGCCUGGAGGGCGAACUGGAUGAUUGGUCCAACACCCUACCCCAACACCUCAAGCUCACGUUCAAACAAGACAAGCCAUCCACCGACAUCACAGGCAGCCGAUCUCCCCUACUGGCUGUUGCGUACUAUUAUAUCCGUACGCUCAUCUACAGACCUGCUGUGGGAUCCAGCCUCGGUCCCAGGGCAGCGCCGGCAGUCAUGUCCAUCAGUGAGUCGAGCAAGCAUACGAUCCAGAUCGCACAGCUGCUCGAAGAGAGGAGCCUGUCAUUCUCGUUCUGUCUCAACAAGACUGAUCUGCUGGUGUCUUGCGGCAUGGCUCUCCUGUACCAGAGUCUUGAGCUCAAGCAGGACAGCAAGAUGAUGAAAGACAACGACAGGCUGGUCAACGCUGUGCUCAGCAUUGUCGGGAAAAUGAAGGUGCACAGCACACAAGACUUUACGCGGAUCGCAAGUCUUGUCGUCAAUGUGGACGAGCCACCACAAUCACUACCGACACCUCCCGGACAGAGUCCUGAUAUCAGUGUGGCUGCACCACCGCCACAGACCUCACCAUCACCCUCCAAACCGAAACAGAGGCACUCAAUCUCGAGGAAUCAGCCACAGCAGUACUCGCUUGGUCGACACCCCAGCGUUAGUGAGACCGACCUCUUGUUGCAGCAGGAGAAGCUCAAGAGGCUGGCCAUGCUCAAGACCUCGCCAGUCCCCGCAGCAGAACGACCGCAGGCGCAACGCCCGGCCUCACGGGCCUCCCUGGACAGCGGCCGGCCCAACCCGGCAUCCUUCAUGCAGCGACGUGACCAGCGACUGUCGGUACCACAAUCUGCGAUGAUGGCCUGUUCACAGAAGUUACCAAUAGACUACCUAUCAAUGAGGGGCAACAGUGUGCCUCGGCAACCCAACCCAACAUCGCCACCACAGAGCAGGGUCAGCCAGAAGAACAACAACAACAACAACAAUAACAACAACAAUAACAACCAGCAGCAGCAGCAGCAGCACCAGCGUGGCAUGUCUGCAUCGGAGUGGGAGGCACUGCUGGGUCAGAUCGACGCGGGACAGGCCAAUCUCUACGAUGCCAUCUACGGCGGUCCUCAGGUCACGCUGGAGACGCCAGUCAGCUCUGCCGUGGAGAGCAGCAGCAACAACUGGUCCCCCGACGCGCUGGACCUGUCCACCUUCAACCUAGGCGACUUUGGCGCGCCACAUGCCUCGAGCCUGAGCGAGGAGAGCCUCAGCUCGGUGUCUGGUGGCGACGACAUGGCGUCGCUGGACUUUAGGGAGUUUUCUCUUUCACACGUCUCAAAAAGUAUGAAUACGAGAUUGAAUAUGAAUGAUUCCAUCCGACUUUCAACGAUUGAGGCCUACCCACCCCCUCCCCUGUUGCUCACCUCUCUCUUAUGUUCCCCUUCCCACCCUCCCCCUUCAAAUGUCUCACUCACCAAUCAAAACGACCUAUAG